CCGCAGCUCUGGUGGGUACAGUUUGGGCUUCUGAUUUCUGAUUUUUAGCACUGACAAAAUUUUCAAAAGCCAAAUCCAUUACGCUCCACAGAUAGAGUGAGAGAGGACUCCGAUUUUGACCGCCAUUGAUACGAAGCUUUCUCACUCUGCCCAACCUCCUGCCACCCUGGGAAAAGAAAAACCUGAAAAAAAGGAAGAGGAGGAGGAGGAAAAGAGAAUAAAGUUUUGUUCUACAACUGCUUUCUCAUCUCAUCAAUCAACAUUGACUCCAUAAUUUUUUGAAUUUUGAGUUAAUUCCCACAUUUCUCAAUUUUUUUAUGGAGCCCGAACUCGAACCACCUCAGCUGCAAUUUAGAUCCGCUGAAAUGGGGUGCGCGUUCGACGACUUUCACGGACUCAUCUCCACUCCACAGGUCACCGGUGGCAGCUCCUUCACGGCGCUGCUCGAGCUUGCCCCGCCGCAAGCGGUGGAGCUCCUGGUCACGGAAGAUUUUCCGGCUAAACAACCUCCGCCGCCGCCAAUUUUUCCUACUGAUAUCGGUCUCAUCCACCGCGCCUCAAAGUUCUCCGUCUUUGCUUCGGCUGAUAAUUCUAUGGAGAGCAAUACGAUUCUCUCGGUCUCAAACUCGAUUCCGGUGAAGCAGGAGGAGCUGGACGCCGACUCCCGCCGAAAUUCCUCUUCUCCGGCGGGUUCGGAUCAGAGUCUCAAGUCCGGCAAGCGAAAGGAGAGGGAGAAAAAGUUGAAAGAAUCGAAUAAAAAGAGCAAAAGUAAGGCAGCAAACGACGACGGCGAGGAGCUGCCUUACGUUCACGUCAGAGCUCGCCGCGGCCAAGCCACGGACAGCCAUAGCUUAGCUGAAAGAGCAAGGAGGGAGAAGAUUAAUGCCAGAAUGAAGCUGUUACAGGAGCUAGUACCCGGAUGCAACAAGAUUUCAGGAACUGCAAUGGUGUUGGAUGAGAUAAUUAAUCAUGUCCAAGCUCUUCAACGCCAAGUGGAGUUUUUAUCCAUGAGGCUUGCUGCUGUUAGCCCAGGAAUUGAUUUUGACCUCGAUUCCCUAUUCACUGUGAAUGGAUCUUCAAACGAUAACAGCUACAGUGGCAUUUUCGCUCCACCCAUCUGCACUGAGGGACAACUCGAUGGGGCCAGACAAUUACAGCUCCAACAGCUGUGGCAUUGUGAUGAGCUUCAUCAGUCUGUCUGGGCCAGAGAAACUGACACCUCUAAUUUCAUUGCUCCUGCAAAUUCUCUAUUGAGUUACGACUCUACCUCCGCGAAUUCAGGUAAACAAGUUGCUCCACGAUGUACCACUUCUUAGAGACUCUAAUUCUUAAGAUGAACUUGUGAGUUUUUACCUUGUUGUGACCCCACAGCCUUCUAAGCAGUCCAGCCACCUGAAAAUGGAGCUGUGAAUUAUGCGAGGAUGUGGUUUGUAUAUAUAUGUGGAGGUAUUGUAAUUUAGUAGAUAUAUAGUUGAGAAAUAUAGUUAAGAUCUCAGCAGCAUCAAGCUUGGAUUACUAAGUAAGAAUUCUAGUUUUAUGUUAUACUAGUAGAUAAGAAGGCCAUUGCUACUAACUGAAAAAAGUCAUCACAUUUAUGAGGUGCUUCAUUUAAUGAGAAUAUUUCAACUUAUUACA